GCUGGGGUAAGAGCCUGUCAAGGCCGAUCGAAUCUGUAAUCACGUUACAGUCGUACUACAAAAUAAUUAUAGUAUUUCGUUUUCCAUCCGCCCGGUGCCAGGCCUGUGUGCAGCAUCGGAAGCCCUCUUCAAGCAGUGAGUUUUCCCGCUGUACUAGUACAUUUUGUAGAGGCUUGUACUUUGUAACCAGAGUUUUCUUAUUUGCAACACGUUAUCGCUGCAAUCCCUCUCUUUUUCGGCGGAGUUCCAAGGCGAGUGGACCAAGAAUGGAACGCAUCUAACAUCAAGUCCUUGUAGCUCUGACUUCUCGGUGACUGAAUGCCGGAGCACAUUUCCUCCGCUGCUCUCUACUUUAUUUCAGCGUUGGCAUACCUACCACCCGUUGAUGCUACGGAACGCGGUCGUGUGACAAUAGUGAUUGUGGUCGCGCCUGCAGGCUGCAGAGACGGAGAAUGACUACCGGUAUGUGAGAGCCGGCGAGUCGCCCGUUUGCCACACCGGAGAGCUGUCCCACGCGCGCUCACUCGCGCAUUCGAUUCCUACUCCUAGAGAGAGACCUUGGCCCUCGCUCUGUCUGUCUAGCGCCUGGAAGUCUCUAGCUCUGGAUUGCUAGAUCCUGGCAGACCACAACUGGUCACCGUGCGUGUGCCUCAUGCUGUGGUUCGACUACACUCAAGCUAAAAAAUAGCCGGAGACUUUGAAUCAAUCAUCCUCGGAAGAUUAGGCGGUGCUGGACAGCGACGAGUGUGCCUGCCCCUGCAUGUAUACGUGGCUGGUCACAACCACCACACAUCGUCGCUCUGUGUGCAAAGUUCAGCAGCUAUAAACAACCAACUGUUGUAAUAGUCAAUAACUAUUGCCCAUACUCGUAUUAUCACCAACAAUGGCGUCCUGGGCGACUUUCUCACCGGUCUUUGUCAGCACUUGGAUGACGCACACAAGUACGGAUGACUUUGAUAGCUCGAGCAAUGGCACGUCACCCGACUGGAACCAAUCCCAGCCUGUGACCGCUGUUAUGAAUAUGAGUGCUGCACCAUUCAGUGGUAUUGUUGACACGUGGGAUCCUACGGCAAUGAUACUGGGUUACCCCGGGGCAGGGCCUAGCACACCGAAAGCCGAGCCGCACACCAGUACUAAAUUCAACUCUACCCCAGUUGUUGCCUUCAUUGCAGUCUGUGUCGUUGUUGCAAUUUUAUCGUCAGUCCUGCUCAUACGCCAACGACGGUGGAAGCGCAACAGGAGCAUUGGCGACAAAUCUCCCAUUACCGAAGACCAGGACAGCCCUGCUGUAUCCGAAGGGCUCCAUGGUAGUGGUAGCUGGAGUGAUAGUAGCAGUUCGUCUUUCUCCCAGCAUGCAGUCAGGUACAUGAAUGUAACGAAUGCUGACGGCAGACGACAACCCGUGUCCGCACAAAAUCAUAUCUCAACACCUGUAGGUUCACUGCGCAGCACUGACUUUUCACGCACUGGUCUAUCACUGAGUACCUCUGGCAAUCCGGUUACCACACCGCCGAGCUCACCAGAUGGCUCGACGAGCCGAUUCUCACCAAGGCCUCGCAGCCUCCAUCUCUUCACAACAGACACAUCUGCUGCUGACAGCUUCUCGGCCGCAUCCAUCCCUAUCUUGCCCAGUCUUCAGCAACAGCAUCAGGAGCAUGAGCAGCGCACGCCAGAAGCAUGGUCAGUCUCGUCACCGAAACCCGUUCCUAGACCUGCGUCAGUGCUGCAGACCGAGCCAGAUUUAGGCAGAUCAAUGACUCCAGGGUCAUUUUCAGCGGCGACACUGCCACCUUUUAUGUCCGCUCUUUCGGUUUCGCCACUGGCACCACCCAUCAUAGAUGCCUCGAUAAGGGAGAAUAUUGCAUCACUUCGCUCCAUUGACAGCCAAUACUAUGAUCUAGUGUAUGUGGAGCAUGCUAGGGACCCUCUUUGCUUCGAGCUGUAUUACAACAAUGCUACACUGACGUUCCCACCAUCUGUGAGUGACUCGGCUUUCUUGCCGUACUUUGUGCACGUUAGCCGGUUGGUGGAUGUGGGCGAACUGCCUGCAAUCGGUGAGUUGGACAUGCUGACGACUCCCAUUGCCGUUUCACUGGUAUCAGCGCAGACACAGAUGAACCCAAUCUUUGACCUCGACCAGGUGCUCAUGUGUGAUAUACAACCAUUCAGACAACACUCUCAGUAUAUCAGUGUAGUCCUGAUACAGAUGGAUAGCUGGUCGUCCACGUGGACGGUGGUGGACCGUGCCGUUGCCCACCACCAGGACGGCAGCAGGCAAAGACACACGGCGUGCGCUGCCACGUACGGUAGCUACAUCAUGGCCGCCGUGCCUAACUGGAUACUGGAGAAGUACGGUGACGACGGCAUACCCACCGCAGCGUCAUUGCCAGUGCCGCCGGGUGUGCGGCAGAGCAUGCUGCCGGCAAGACACGGCGGCGGUCCCGGUGUUGGAAAUUCAGGCAGCAGUGCGCCAAGCAACGGUGCAUCCACUGCUGGAGGUGCAAAUGUGCAAGCACCGCCUGUAGCUGAGAGUGACGGACGUCAAGGUGGUGAGGAGAUGCCAACAAUGGCACGUGAGCAUGCAGCUGCUGAGGAUGUCCACUCAGCAAAACCUGUUCAGCUUCUUCUCUUCACCCAGAAUGAUCCUCUGCUGACCUUCUAUGACGAUGAACGUGACUGGACUGCCAAAGCCUAUGUCAUAUUGGAGAAUGACAAUGCAAUAAAGAAUGCCAUUGAAGGACGUGAGUUGCAAGAGAAGUUCUAUCUGCAGGGUGGUACCGAAAGCACGAGAGUCCGCAAUGGUCUGUGUCGCGAUGAGGAACUCGUGCUGCAGGUGCAGAUCUCACCAAGGCUCAAGCGUUUCUACAAGUUUGACCUGCCAGGGCCACAUAUUUUCAACCUGAACGACAUUGAGGGUAUCACGUGUCGGGACAAUCCGGUUGUGGUUACUUUGGAGAUGCUAGAGGAACUGAAUACCUCUAGCAAGGACCUGAUCUUCAACACGACUCUCUCCAAGGGCACUCAACCUGUCCGGGUGGAACACAUUGAGCGGCAGUUGCUGCUCACCAUGAUGUCACGCAGGACCAAGGUGUUUUGCAACACGGACCAGGGCUUGUUGGAUUCUGACACAUUUUUGACAGCGGAUGAGUCUAUUCCAUCCAUUGAGCAAGGCACACACUCAGUUCCCGCGAGAAGUUCUUCUUACCGGCCCGCCAUUCCUAGGCGGCAGUUGGCCCGUCGCAGUCCUCCUCUUCCGGACAGCGUCGAUGAAGAGGAGGGACGCUUAGUUAACCCGGUCCAGGAAGUUCAACGCACACAGCAGCGGGCGUUGCCGUUUCUAUCCACCUCACAACAAGACCAGCGGAGACAAAGUCAAUUCUAUACGGAGUCCGCCAGCAUCGACUCGACUAUCACUCCAGCCAGUGUUGAGCAGCCCGUCCGGGCGCAAACCUCUGCCGCCAUGCAUCCAUCGCCUGCUGCACGGUCUGUGAAUACUCAGCCAUGGACUCCAGCACGGUCGCACGGCUCUGCAACGUCUCCAACCGUGUCUGAUCACGGUUCACUUUCCAUGGUGCAACCAACCAGCCCGGAGCAAGAAUCUGUCAGCGAGGCCAGCUUACGAAUGAGGAAUGCCAGUUCAGCGAGUCACAUGCACGGCAUGGAGAAACAACAUUACUACGCCCGGCGUCACUCGUUGCACAGACCUGCGGUGCGACGCGAGAGCUACCCGCAGUCGGAGAGCGGUGAUAGCAGCACAUCUAGCCUGGUGCUGGGCAGCCUGUCCUCCGACAGCACAACCCAGCACUACUUGACAGCCAACUUUGAGGGAAGAGCCCCUGGACAGAUAGCUAUCCACCGUGCUUCCCAGUCGACGCUUAGCAGACAAAGCUUCACGUCGGGAGAGUUUACCACUCCUGCACACAUGUACCGAAGUGUGUCCUCCCUCUCAGGGAACGUUUCAUCAUGGCCAAGCUCAGUGCAUGUGGCGAGUUCUUCGGCCCGUUCACCAAUCAGUGAGCAUGAUGCCAAUGAGAUUGAUGCUACUGCUGCAGACGGGGCGGGCAAUGGUUCCACAGCCACCAGUCCACGUCAUGCCACACACCAGACUGCACAUGUGACCGACAUUUGAAUUGAAAAUUGAAAUACUCUACAACCUAUCCAGCGCCUGCUCGAUUCGGACUUGAUACAGUCAUUGCUUGCUGUCUAGCAAUGGAACUUGCACAUUGCUGCUCACAGGUAACUGUGCGAAUUGCGCUGAACGUGACAUUUCGAAACUAGUACUUCGAAGUAUAUGUACGUUGAAGCACAAAAAUCUCUGCUAUACAUAUAUGCGUUACUUGAUAAUUGUAGUAUUGAGACUGUCUGGUCAUUGAUUCUCACCAGUUGCCAUCUAGGCUUAUCUUUAUUUUUAAUUCUAUUCUAUUUUCAGACGAAUACUCAAAUGAAUGAGUCAGAAUGAGGCAAGCUACUUCACUACAAGA